AUGGCGGGGAACGAGUGGAUAAAUGGAUAUCUGGAGGCGAUACUUGAUAGCCAAGCUCAGGGGAUUGAGGAGCCACAGACAAAACCUCAAGCCAUUGCGAAUCUGAGAGACGGAGAAGGACAAUAUUUCAAUCCGACUAAAUACUUUGUGGAGGAAGUCGUGACCGGCGUCGACGAAACCGAUCUUCACCGGACCUGGAUCAAAGUCGUCGCAACUCGCAAUUCCCGUGAACGCAACUCUCGCUUAGAGAACAUGUGCUGGAGAAUCUGGCACCUCACUCGCAAGAAGAAGCAGCUGGAAUGGGAGGAUUCGCAGCGAGUAGCGAACAGGAGACUUGAAAGGGAACAAGGGAGAAGAGACGCGACGGAGGACUUAUCCGAGGAUUUAUCAGAAGGAGAGAAAGGAGACGGUGUUGGAGAAAUUAUUCAACCGGAGACGCCUAUAAGACGACUGCAACGCAAUUCAUCCAAUGUCGAAAUCUGGUCUGAUGAUAAAAAGGAGAAUCGCCUUUACGUUGUCCUCAUCAGUUUGCACGGAUUGGUUCGUGGAGAAAACAUGGAGCUUGGUAGCGAUUCUGAUACCGGUGGACAGGUGAAAUAUGUUGUGGAGCUAGCUCGAGCAUUAGCGAAAAUGCCAGGUGUGUACCGAGUGGAUCUGUUUACACGCCAGAUAUGCUCAUCAGAAGUUGACUGGAGCUACGCAGAGCCAACAGAGAUGCUAACAUCCGCUUCUGCUGAAGAUUGUGACGGCGAUGAAACCGGAGAGAGCAGUGGAGCUUAUAUCAUCAGGAUACCGUUCGGUCCACGGGAUAAGUACUUGAGGAAAGAGAUUCUCUGGCCAUAUAUCCAAGAGUUCGUCGAUGGAGCCUUAGCUCACAUUUUAAACAUGUCAAAAGUUUUAGGAGAACAGAUUGGGAAUGGGAAGCCGGUGUGGCCGUAUGUGAUUCACGGUCACUACGCGGAUGCAGGGGACAGUGCGGCUCUGCUUUCUGGUGCGUUGAACGUUCCUAUGGUCUUGACGGGGCAUUCUCUAGGCAGAAACAAGCUUGAGCAGCUUUUGAAACAAGGGAGGCAAUCAAAGGAAGAUAUAAACUCGACGUAUAAGAUCAAGAGGAGGAUUGAAGCAGAGGAGCUUUCUCUGGAUGCUGCAGAGCUUGUGAUAACGAGCACGAGGCAGGAGAUUGAUGAGCAGUGGGGGCUUUACGAUGGGUUUGAUGUUAAACUAGAGAAAGUCUUGAGAGCUCGUGCUAGACGCGGUGUUAAUUGCCACGGAAGGUUCAUGCCACGAAUGGCGGUUAUUCCUCCGGGAAUGGAUUUCACAAACGUCGUGGUUCAAGAAGAUACACCUGAGGGCGAUGGAGAAUUAGCUUCCUUGGUAGGAGGAGCCGAGGGAUCUUCUCCUAGAGCGGUUCCAACUAUAUGGUCUGAAAUUAUGAGAUUUUUCACAAAUCCUCACAAACCGAUGAUCUUGGCAUUAUCUAGACCAGACCCAAAGAAGAAUAUAACCACUCUUUUGAAAGCAUUUGGAGAAUGUCGACAUCUACGGGAGCUAGCUAAUCUCACUUUGAUUAUGGGGAAUAGAGAUGAUAUAGAUGAGAUGUCAUCUGGAAACGCAAACAUGCUUACAACCGUGUUGAAACUCAUUGACAAGUACGAUCUUUACGGGUCUGUUGCGUAUCCUAAGCAUCAUAAACAGUCCGAUGUUCCUGACAUAUACCGACUUGCUGCAAAUACAAAGGGUGUUUUCAUCAAUCCAGCUUUGGUUGAACCUUUUGGCCUUACACUCAUUGAGGCUGCGGCUCACGGACUUCCGAUGGUGGCGACAAAGAAUGGAGGACCGGUCGAUAUACAUCGGGCAUUGCACAACGGUUUGCUUGUGGAUCCACACGACCAAGAAGCGAUAGCAAAUGCGUUACUGAAGUUGGUGUCAGAGAAGAACCUGUGGAACGAGUGCAGGAUUAACGGAUGGAAGAACAUUCAUCUCUUUUCAUGGCCGGAACAUUGCCGGACUUACCUGACACGUGUAGCCUCUUGCCGUAUGAGACAUCCGCAGUGGCAGACGGAUGCUGACGAAAUGGCGGCUCAAGACGACGAGUUUUCACUCAACGACUCUCUUAAAGACGUUCAAGACAUGUCUCUUAGACUGUCUAUGGAUGGAGAUAAACCUUCCUGGAACGGGUCUAUUGACCCGAAUGCUGCUGAUCCGGUUAAGCAAAUCAUGAGCCGAAUGAAGAAAACCGAGACUAAGACUAAACCGGAAUUACAGGGGAAGAAACAAGUUGAUAGCUUGGUAAGCAAGUAUCCUGUUUUGAGGCGACGGGAACGGUUGGUAGUUUUAGCGGCUGAUUGCUAUGACGAUGAAGGAGCACCGGACGAGAAAUCUAUGGUUCCGAUGAUUCAGAAUAUCAUCAAAGCCGUGCGAUCGGAUCCUCAGAUGGCUAUUCCGGAUCCUGACUAUUCCUCUCAUAUCGAUUACCGGUGGGGCAAUGAGGGGCUUAAGAACACUGUCUGGAAACUGAUGAACACAACCGCGGUUGGUGGAGAAGCUAGGAACAAUGGCUCUCCGAGUCUGAUCCAGGAGGAUCAGCCAUCGAGCAAUGCGCAUUGUGUUGCUUAUUUGAUUAAAGAUCGUUCCAAGAACACUGUCUGGAAACUGAUGAACACAACCGCGGUUGGUGGAGAAGCUAGGAACAAUGGCUCUCCGAGUCUGAUCCAGGAGGAUCAGCCAUCGAGCAAUGCGCAUUGUGUUGCUUAUUUGAUUAAAGAUCGUUCCAAGGUUAUGAGAAUUGAUGACUUGCGUCAGAAGUUACGUCUAAGAGGUCUUCGUUGCCACCCUAUGUACUGUCGGAAUUCAACAAGAAUGCAAAUCGUUCCUCUUCUUGCUUCUCGAUCUCAAGCUCUUAGAUACUUGUUCGUGCGGUGGAGGCUGAACGUGGCGAACAUGUACGUUGUGGUAGGAGAACGCGGCGAUACGGACUACGAGGAGCUGAUCUCCGGCACACACAAGACGGUGAUCAUCAAGGGGCUCGUGACAUUGGGCUCUGAUGCUCUUCUCCGGUCAACAGACCUUCGGGACGACAUCGUUCCGAAAGAGAGCCCUUAUAUCGGUUUUCUCAAUGCCGACUCACCGGUUAACGAGAUAACCGACACUUUGAAGCAGCUCUCAAAAGCCUCCACUUGA